AUGUUUGGCAUGUUACUGGCCGUUGGAGUAGUGCUACAUUUAAUCGUAAAUGUUAUCGGCACUUCCAUCUUCUUACUUGCUAGUUCUAGAAAUUAUCCUGGUGGUGAAGCACUCACUUCUCUCCAGUAUUUGCGACAUUUCAGUCGAAAUAAACCACUUUCCGUCUAUAUCGACAAUUAUGCUGCUCAGACUGGUGUCAGUAGAUUCUUGCAGUGGUAUGAUGCUUGGGAGUAUAAUAAAACCGAAAAUUUGGAACCAUCUCAACUUGCACGAUUCGAUUAUCUGUUGAUUGGUUCCUACACGGAACCUGAUAUCGUCAACUUUGCCGCACGAAAAUUCUUUUCCACUCAUCGUGUUUUAUAUAAUAUUGAAGCAUUCCAAGGAAUUGAUUUUGGGAAGAUGCAGUGGUUCCCAUAUUAUUGGCCUAUCAUAAAGCUGAAUGCUCAGUUAGUGGUGUUGGAAAAAUUGCAUUACUCUGAUACAUUUUGA